GCACCAGCAUGUUCCAUCAGCAGUGCCAUAAACACCACCCAUCAAUAGCACCGCCAUCAUUUCUAUCACCUGUUACCACCAGCUACCAAUAUGUGCGGCGCCGAACCUCUCGUCAGCAUGAACAGCGCUGAAUCCGUCGAUGCCUUCUACGCGCUACUAGCAGAACGGAAACAUCUUGCUGCAUCCCGAUCGGUCGAAGCUGCGCCCAAAUGGCCAGCAGCCCGCAAUGAUCACUACUGCCACCAAGAGGUGUGUCGACACGAUGUCAUCGAUCUGUCCUCUAUAUGCGAGCCGUCCGACAGCGAUGGCGAUGGGCAUUCACACAUCGUUCUUGACGACGAAUUUUAUGACAGUGAAUACGAAACUCCAUCGAGGAGUAAACAGUACGAAAUUGAGAGCUGUCGUUCAGGCUAUUCGGAUGAAUUCGUCCCUCUCCGUUACAACACACCACCCACAUUCUACGAUGCCCAAGAACCCGGAAGCCGUCAGAUGUCUCCGAUAGACCCCAAAGCAAGCAUCCGUGCCCUCCGACAAGAACUCGAUAUUCUACAAAUCAGCAGCGCAAAGUCAUGUCUCGACCUUGAAGAGCGCUUCGAUAACCUCUCCUUGUUAUACGGCACUCUGCGUAGAGACUACGAAGAUUUUGCCCACAAACACGACGUACUCCUGCGGAUUUCAUUGAAGCAGUGUGAAGAUUUAGACAACCAAGCGAAGGUCCUGAUGGAAUUGGGCGAGUGGAAGAUGCGCACGCAGAACAGUUUUGCUGAGGUACAAGUUCAAGGACAAGAACCGGAGGUUUUGUAUCUUGGCACACCGCGUUCGACAUCCACAGUAAGUAUCGGACUAGAGAAUCUAAGAGCUACUCCUCUAGCGACGGAGAAUCAGGAUGUUACAUCGACGUCGAAUAGACGAGAAAAAGGUGUCGGAAGGAUGCCGCCACCUCCGAUCACGCCCGCCACGACGCCUGAACGAUGUGCCACACAUGCGCGCUUGGUCCUGAGGCUAUAAGCCAAGCAAGAUAUCGAGGAGGAAGUCAUGAAAUUAACUG